CGUGUCUCUUAUCGGAUUCAAAGGCUCAGAAAUCCAAACCAUGAUCUCAUGGCUCAGUUCAGACAAUCGGGUGCUGAUCGCUCCGCCACCCGCUCCGACCCUCUGCCUUCCCGGAUCCCUCACAAGCCCGGCCGGAUCCGCGUCCACCGUCGCUCUUCCCGCCGUCUUCCGGCCACUGCCUUCGCCGCCCUGAUCCUCCUUGCCGCCCUCCUUGCCCUCCUCUUCCUCGCCUCCCGUCUCCUCUCCUCUGGUCCAGAAACGCAGUUGGAUUCGGAGGAUAAUGAGCCAGGAACGGGAUUCCGGCUCAAUCGCGCGGCGUUCCCGAAGAUUCUGAGGUUUGGUAAGGGCUCCGGCGCGUCCGGUGGUGAUUCCCGGUACUGGGACCGUGAUGAUCGGAGACGGGAUCGUGAUUUUGUGGAAGAUGAUGUGUUUGAUGUGAAAGAUGAAGUGAGGUUGAAGGAGAAGAAGGAGAAGGAGCCGCAGGUGAAGAAUGGUGGGGGUUUGUAUAACGAGGGUGGGAGAGCGGAGCUGGACUCGUAUAAGAAGGAGUAUGAGAAAUCUUUGAAGGAUGUUGGGCAGACGGGGACUGAUAAUGCGAGUGAAGAGGAUGAUUAUGAUGAUGGCAUUGAUGCCGAGGAUGAUAGUGAGGCAGGGGAGGGGGAUGGUGAAGCUGGGAUUGCAGGUGGUGAGCACAAUAUGGGUAAAAAUGGGAAGAAGAGUGAGAAGGGCUCAGUGUCAAUGGGGUUGAGGAAGGUUGAUGUUGGCACGAGGAAGGAACGGAGUCUUGUGGGUGGCGGUGCAGAAGGGAAGAUAGAAAGUUCGGAGAAGAAGUCGGCUGGGAGUUCGAAGAAGAAGGCUCGCCGUUCAUCUUGUGAGAUGAAGUUUUUGAACUCGACUCGACUCAUUGAACCUGUUGAGAACAAGAAAUUUGCUAGAUUUUCUCUUCAAUAUACAUAUGUAGAAGACAGGCCCAGUGGAUUGGAAGACUGGGAACCAAGGUUUGCUGGGCAUCAAGGUCUUCAAGAAAGGGAGAAGUCAUUUUAUGCUCAGGACCAAACAAUUAAUUGUGGCUUUGUCAAAGGUCCUAUUGGAUCACCAAGUACUGGUUUUGAUAUUGCAGAAGAUGAUGUGAGGUACAUGAGCAGCUGCCACAUUGGUGUAGCAUCUUGCAUCUUUGGAAACUCGGACCGUUUGAGAACACCGUAUGGCAAAACGAUAACAAGACAAUCAAAGAAGAAUGUCUGCUUUAUUAUGUUUAUGGAUGAAGAUACAUUGCAAACUUUGUUGUCUGAAGGUCAGCAAAUGGACAACACGGGGUCUAUUGGUUUGUGGAAGAUAGUUGUGGUGAAAAAUUUACCUUAUACUGACAUGCGGAGAGUGGGCAAAAUACCCAAAUUUUUGGCACAUCGUCUCUUCACUUCUGCAAGGUAUUCAAUAUGGCUCGAUAGUAAAUUGCGGCUUCAGAGAGAUCCUCUCCUUAUCUUGGAAUACUUCCUAUGGCGACGAGGGUAUGAGUAUGCUAUUUCCAAUCAUUAUGAUCGUCACUGUGUUUGGGAGGAGGUAAUGCAAAACAAGAAGUUGAAUAAGUUCAACCAUUCCAUCAUUGAUCAACAAUUUCAUUUCUACCAACAAGAUGGUUUGAAAAGAUUUGAUCCAUCGGAUCCAAACAAGUUGCUGCCUAGCUAUGUACCAGAAGGAUCUUUCAUUGUAAGAGCACACACGCCAAUGUCAAAUUUAUUUUCUUGUCUGUGGUUCAAUGAGGUCGAUCGGUUUACUCCUCGUGAUCAGCUGAGUUUUGCAUAUACGUACCUGAAGCUAAGAAGGAUGAAUCCGAACAAACCUUUUCAUCUCCAUAUGUUCAAGGAUUGUGAAAGACGAGCUAUAGCGAAAUUGUUCCAUCACAGAGCUGAAGAGAAAAAAACAGUCCGUCCACAAACAUUAAGAUGAUGAAUAGGAUCUGCAUAGUUUGCUUCGUAUCAUCAAAACAAGUGAUGAUAGAAUCGAUACCAUAUUUAUAUGUUUGUAUAUCGCCUCAGACUUCCACUUCUGUGACUCUUGUUCAGCCACUACCAGGGGACGAAAUUUUUGUGGAGUUCUACUUUAACCUAGUGGCCAAAGGUACUUCACACCAUUUGAAUACAUUAUUUUUAUCUAUUAUUCUUGAUCACACAUAAAUUUCAUAUUGUUUUGGAUGCCAUUUUUAGGGUUUUCUCUUCAUUAUUUUUGUUGCUUGUAGAAGGGUUUGGGUUUCUGGAGGCAUCCUAUUCUUGUCUUGAUUCAUGUAAAAAUUUUCUUGUCUCCUUAUUCAUAAUAUCAUUAUGUUGUAUUUUCACCUGAA